UUUUUUUUUUUUUCAUGCACUGAAUUGUAUGACUUCAGCAGAUGAGAAUAUCAGAGGCAUCAGGGAUAAUGAGUGGUUACUUGGCAUCAAGGGUCGUGAUAGUUUAUUAGAGCAAAUUCUUUUGAACAUCGAAGCUGUUCAGUCCCGAGUUCUCAAGCUGAAGACUCAUCUCAACAAGGUUAUGUGCAGAAAUGACAUGGAGAUCUGUUCAUUGCCUGGCAACUUGUUUCCUGGUGGUCUACCUCCUAGUUAUGCUCAAAGUCAUAUUGGUUCCCCUGAAAAUAAUGGAGAUGGAUUGCUGGUUGAAGCUAUGGGUACUCCCUGCCACAUUGUAACUCAAUGUGAGAUAGAAGAUAUGGUGAUACCCGAAAGUGCAGUCUCUGGCUAUGGAGAUGCUGCUGAUGUGGAUAUUAUUGAAAGCACAAUGGGCCUACUAUCUGCUGCUGAUGGCCUGUUGGAUCAUCAUCAGAUCAGAGACUUGUGCAAAGAUGGUGCUGAUGAUGUUCUGAUAGACAAUCAAGCACCUGAGGAAGGGUUUCAGAAUUUCAAGAAGGUCAGUCAUCCAAGAGAGAAACCUCAAGAAUUGGUUAAAGAAGAAGCUGAGUCCCCCUCUGAGGAGGAGAGCAUCGUCCCUCAAGUUUCAUCGCCAGAGCCUGGUCCAGAAAUAGAGAAUGUUGAUAUGUCACAACAAACAGUUCUGAAGCCCUGUUACUCAGGAAAACGCCGAGGGCGAAAGCCCAAGAGGAAGCGUCGAGGGGGUUCUGUAGCUGCUUUGAGUAAUUUGAGGAGUGAGAGGCUUCAGAAACAGAGAAUUCUGGGAAGAAAAAGUUAGCAAUGUAGAUUUUUAUCGUGUUCAGGAUUCCAGGUCUUAUCAUCGACAGUCUUGUAAAUGGCACUGGGCGGGUCCUUUUGUUUUCUGCCCUUGUACUCCAUUUAGUGCUAAUGUGAGAGUUGAUAGCUUUGUAAAUUGGAUUGACAAGGUUAGAAUUUAAUGGAAAAUGACUGAAACUCUCGUUUUUAGGGUGCAGACUCUUAACCAAUUUCAAAGCAAUUACAGAGUACUUUCCCUUGUAAUUCUUA